ACAGCGCAGAAAGAAGAGGCUGGGCGCGCAACAGUUGACGUGCGCGUCUGACGGGAACGCGCAUCUUAAUUGAAAAGUCAAAGAACAGAAACUCUGCCUUUAGUCUCAGCGCAUGGACUCGACUCACCAUCUCAUGGAGUUCCCCUCAGAAAAGCGCAUCAUAUUAUUUGCAGGUGUUGCUUUGAAGGCUUCAGAGAUGGGCGCGCUCCCUGUGCGUUUGGAGUCGCCAGUGGGAACAAUAUUGUGGAUGCGCACUGAAGUUAACGCAAGCCCGAGGCGAUGAAAACUUACCUGUCAUUUAUCGCCGGAAAAAAGGCACACGGUGAUCACAAACCUGUUGCUGGCUGUCCAGAUGUGUUUGGUUUGACAAUGGUCACCUGCUUUUCUGGAUUCAAUUCUUCCAGCGCCAACAUCACGGCCGUCAGCUCGGAUGUGACCGCGCUCCCCGGGUACACGAUGAUUAUUCUUGCGAUCCUCAUGAUAACCCUGGUGGUCGUGGUGGUGGUCGGGAACGCGCUGGUUAUCUUCGCCUUCGUCGUGGACAAGAGCCUCAGAAAUCAGUGCAAUUACUUCUUCCUAAAUUUGGCUAUAUCAGACUUCCUCGUUGGGGCCUUUUGCAUUCCAGUCUAUAUCCCCUAUGUAUUGACGGGCCGGUGGAUGUUGGGCCGUGGACUGUGCAAGUUGUGGCUAGUGAUGGACUACUUGCUGUGCACGGCUUCUGUCUUCAAUAUUGUCCUAAUCAGCUACGAUCGCUUCUUGUCUGUGACGCGAGCAGUGAGAUACAGAGCCCAGCAGGGCGUCACACGUCUGGCAGUGCUCAAGAUGUUGGCAGUGUGGGUCCUGGCGUUCCUUCUCUACGGGCCGGCUAUCAUCUUUUGGGAACUUCUGGUGGGAGCGAGCAUCGUUCCGGAGGACGAGUGUUUCGCCGAGUUCUACUGCACCUGGUACUUCCUGCUCUCGGCUUCUACCUUUGAGUUCUUCUCGCCUUUUAUCUCAGUGACCUUCUUUAACUUCAGCAUCUAUCUCAACAUCCAGCGAAGGAACCGCAACAGGAUGGCGCACGUGGACACCGAGAGGGAAGACGGCUGGAGGGUGAUGGACGGCCAGUCUUCGUCCGUUUUCUUCGUAAAAACGCGCAAAAUGACGUCAAGCGAGCCGGCGGCCGUUUCGGCCGUCAUCGAAGACGACGAGGAAGUGUCGCCUUCAUCCAGCGGAGAUCCCAGCAGCACCCACUCAGUUUCUCUGACGAUGAAGGUGACCAAUAAAAAAGGACAUGGACUGUUUAGAGGUUGGGUAAGGACGAGGAUAGUACGAGCGCAGGAGGCUUCGAACGCUUGCGGCCCCUGCAGGAGCGGAGGUCACGCACGGCUCUCCCGAGACAAGAAGAUCGCCAAGUCCCUGGCAAUCAUAGUGUGUGUUUUUGCGGUCUGCUGGGCACCGUACACCCUCCUGGUGAUCAUACGGGCGGCCUGCCGGGGUACGUGUGUGGAACAUCAUUGGUACGAAGUCACUUUCUGGCUGCUUUGGCUGAAUUCGGCCAUAAACCCUUUUCUUUAUCCCCUUUGCCACAGCAGUUUUCGCCGGGCCUUUGCCAAGAUUUUGUGCCCGAAGCGGCAGUCUGUUCGACCGCACGAGGAAAGCCCUUCCUGCCAAUGAAAUCUGGGAUUUAACACACACUGCCUACUGAAAAAUGAAAGCACAAAAGCAAAACGUUUACAACUGAGCAAACUGAAAACUUCAUUGACGUCGUUGCUAAAUGGAGUAGCAUGUUUUCUUUGUGUACUUCUGUACUUUUCUUUGUCAAACAUGAUUGACGUUGACUUUUAAUGAAUGGUUUUAAUCGCUGCAAGGAAGUGAUUAACAAACACAUAUUUGGAGCUGUUUCACUUGUUAGCACUUAAGUUGCAUGCUGUAGGGUUGAUCUGUGGUUGAUAAAUGAUGCAGCUUCUGUUCAGAGCACAUCCAGUCGACCGUCCUGCCCACAUAAACAUCAUUUAUCGACUAUUGUACAUUCCAGCCCAUUGACUCGCACGGUUCAGCAGAGAAGAGCUGAUCUAUCCAAGACAUCAUUAUGACUCAAAAGAGAAAAGAAAAAUGUGUUUUUUUCACCACAGCCCUCAGCUUCACAAACAGACUCUGAAGAGAAAUCAUAUAACCUGCUACGGACAGGCUAAACCAAAUAUUGUUUUUGAAUGUAACUUUUGUGAAAUUCUUGUGGAAUGUUAAUGUUAUAGGUAUAUUUGUUUACAAUAACAAAAGGAUUUCAUCAAUAUUAGAGAAAUAGUUCACCCAAAAUGAAAAUUAGCCCAGCGUAAGCCAUCCAAGGAGUAUAUGACUUUCUUAUUUUAGCCAAACACAGUUAUAUUAAAUAAUAUCCUGACUCUUCCUGAUCCGCGCCGAAGUCAGCAGCUCCAGUACGGAUCCGGCCCUAAGUCGUCUGCUCUCUGGGAAGAUAGUGCCCAAUUUUUAAAGCUCCAAAAAUGCAUCCAUCAAAAACUAACCCGUACAGUUAUGAAAUGUCUUCUGAGGUGAAUUGAAGGAAAUGUUUAUAUUUAAAAGUUGAUGAACUAUGGCUAUACGUGUGUUCACGAGAGAGUUGAGGUCCAAAGUAAAUUGCUUUACUUUCGAAGACAUUUAAUAAUUGCAUGAAUUGUUUUUUGAUGGACAGAUCCACUUAAAAAUGUGGCACUAUCCAAUGCCAUUAAAAAGCUGAAAAGAGCAAGAAUAUUUUGCUAAAAAAAGUCAUAUACAUCUAGUCAUAUACAACUAUUCUUUUAAAGGAAUAGUUCACGCAAAAAUGUAAAUUUUCAUUAAUUACUCAAAUGAUGUAUUGCAGGCAGUGUAGGGUGUAACUAGUAACUAUGUAAUUAGUUACUGUUAUUUAAUUAUUUUUCCAAUGAAAAAGUAAAGUAAGGGAUUACUCUUAUUUUUCCAGUAAUUUAAUUCCAGUUACUUCUGAUGUAAUUGAAUUAAAUACUGUGUAUGGAGCAGUAGUAACUAUGUUGUUCAGCAGUAACAACAUAAACAAGCCGGUUUCUUUGUCAACACGUAACUUUCAGUAAACUCCGCUAAGAAUAAAUAACAUCAAAGUCCUUUUAAAGUAGUUUAUUUAUAUAACAAGCCAAAUAACACAUAGAUUACCUAGGAAACCAAAGCGUUAUUUUCGACGAGGUAUUUGUUCAAGAGUUGAGUUUAGCAACUAGUCAGACCAUUAAAAAAACUGAAACCGGAAGUAAAGUUCUGACCAGACGCGUAUCGCGUCACCGCACGUGCGUCCUAUGAAACCGUCUAUAUAUAAUAUAAUAGUGGUCUUUACAUAAAAAUGUAAAGUUUAACAUUACAAUGCAUGUUUUUAUGUAUGCUUGUUACUUUAAAUACUUUGGUGAUACUUUGUUAUAAGCAUUAAUAUAACUGAGAUAUGAGCUGUUUAUUAAUACUUAAAAAGCACAUAUUAAUGCCUGCACUGCCACAAAUCGUUUUCAAUUUUUUUAGACAAAAAAUUUCAAAUUUAAGCAAUUUUGUGCAUAAAACAAGCAAAAAAAUCUUGAAUUUUUUUCUUAAACACUAAAUUUUAUAUAUUUUUUUGUCUAUAAACUAGACAAAUUUUCUUGGGUCGUUUUGCUCAUCAAGAAAAAGCAUCUUAAUUUAAGAAUUUUUUGAUAUUUUUACUGAAAGCAGGACAAUAUUAAGAAUUUUUUCUUGAAAAUCAGUUUUUGCAGUGUAAAUUCAAGAAAAAUUUUAGAAACAUUUUCUUACCCCAUUGGCUAUUUUUUUGAUUGUUUAUGCACAAAAUCACUUAAAUUUCACAUUUUUGGUCUAAAAACUAGACUUAUUUUCUUGGGUCAUUUUGCUCAUCAAGAAAAAGCAUCUUAAUUUAAGAAUUUUUUGAUAUUUUUACUGAAAACAAAACAAAAAUACUAAGAAUUUUUUUCUUGAAAAUGUUUUUUUUUGCAGUGUGAUUCGGCAAAACCUUAUUAUACAUCCUUAAUCCUACUCAACGGCUUUACAAAGAAUUAAUAAGCAGUAAUAAGGAGUAUACUGAAGCAAAAGUAGUUCAUAGUUAAAGAGUUUCUUUGCAAAACGAGAUAAAUCCAUUUUUUUUACAUUUUUUUCAAAACAUGUUUUUUAUUAUGUUAUCAUGUUAUUAUUUUGUUUUAUGGUGCUACUUAGCUGUAUUUUUAAGUUAUCAAGGUUUAAAUAAAAAAAAACCAAAUGCAGUUGAAUUGAUAUUAAUUGGAAUGCACAACCAAAAAACGAGAUUUAUGAAAAAUUAAAAAAACGGAGUUAUCUCGUUUUGCAACGAAACUUUUCAGUUAGUUAAUAGUGAGAAUGGGACCUUAAAAGGGUCAUAUUAUGAGAUUUUUUAAGAUGUAAAAUAGGUCUUUGAUGUCCCCAGAGUGCUUAUGUGAAGUUUUAACUUUAAAUACCCCACAGAUAAUUUAUUAUAACAUGUUAAAAUUGCCACUUUGCAGGCCUGAGCAAAAACUUUUCGUUUUUGGGUGUCCUUUAAAAUGCAAAUGAGCUGAUGAAAUGCAAACACUGAUCACAAUGAUGUUGAUUUGUUACAACUGUCAAAAAAAUUCUCUCUCUUUCUCUCUGCACUAAAUCGCAGUGCCGUGGUUGGAUAGUGCAGAUAAAGGGACUGUAUUAUUGUAAUUGGCCUUGCUACAUACAUCACAAAACAGGCAAAAUCUGAACGACCAAAUUUUUCACAUGGUUGCAAAAAAUGGCUCACCAAAACAAACUUACUGUUUUUUUCACAUUUUCUAGAAGCACUAGCGACAAAACUAUAGCGCUAAAACAUGGAAAGGCUCAAAUUUUCUUGCUAUGACCGCUUUAAAAACUUUAACCAAAAUAAUUUAUGUACUUUAAUUUAUGUGUAAGAUUUAUUCAAGAUGUUUUAAGCCUAUCUUUGUAUCAUUUACUAAAUGGUAUUUUGAAAGUAAUCAGUAAUAAGUAAUUAAUACUUUUUGUAGAGGGUAAUUUUUACAGUAAUCUAAUUACAUGAUUGAUUAGUUAUCAAUUACUUUUUUGAGUAACUUACCCAACACUGACUGCAGGAUUUCUAAUGUGCUUUUUCACGAGCUCUUACAUUUUCUCAUUAGCUGAGAAGCUCUCCAUUACAGUUGCUUGUAUAUCGCAUCCAAUCUAAAUGUUGUGCGUCACAUCAAUUUUAUGCUAGGUUAACUUUGAUGGAAUUAACUUGACAUGCCAUGUUUAAGUUGAACGCAAAAGUGCAAAUGAGGUUUGGAGAGCUACAGCUGAAAGGUUUCUAGCACACAAAAAAGAAGAUGCAGUACACAAGUUGUGUGAACUAUUAUGUUGCUUUUUUGGUGCUUGACAGCCCUGAUGCGCAUUAUGGAAAGAACACUCUGAACGUUCUGCAAUAUAAGUGCUUACGUGUAACGCAAAAGUCUUAAAGUUUGGAACGACAUGAAAGGGAACGAUGACAUUUAUUUUUGGGUGAACUAUUUCUUGUUUUAUGGGGUUUUUUAUAGAUUCAUGGGUACAAUGUUGUAGCAGCCAAAAAGUACGGUUUCGUUGGCCGAUGCUAAAUUUUUCCUACUUGUAUUGUAUUAGGAAUGUUUUCAAAUUGUUUAUAAUAGUUUCAACAUUGUUAUUCAAUAAGGUUUGAAUCGUUGUAAAGGAGAAUGUUGUUACUCAACAUAAAAAUACACGUAUUUCUUGUUUUUU